GUCCACGUUAUUGAAAAUUCGCGAUAACAAAAUUAUUAUCGCGAUUUUGAUUUUCCAUCACAAAAUCAUUUUAACAAUAUCCUCUAUAUUUUUCCUCGAGAGAUUCUCGUAAUCUUUUAUAUCAGUAAAUUAUUAGGACGAUUACGAACGCGCGCGCCGACGACGUCCCAAUUUCUUGCACGCAGGCGUUUCCAUCGUCGCGUUAUCGAUUCGAAUGCGCAAAACGCUGUGUGCGGCGACAGUGUUCUCGGAAAUGCAGACAUAGUUCCUCGUUUGAAUUCUCCGUCUGAGCGUUCUCGUUCGCAGGAAUCCUCGACGCAGGGUUUUCAAGCCUGGAGGGAAAGCCGCGCCGCCCGGAAGCGAGAUCCGGAGGACAUGGUUGGACCCAAUGUCUCUUUGUGACUAACCGUCCCGGAGGGUGCCGGAGGAGCGAUCGCCACCACGCAGAGCGCAUCCUUCAGAACGCCUUCCGAACACGAGCGUUUAAAUCCAGAACUCGCGACGCUGUGCAAGGUGUAUCCUGUGAGCCCUGUAGCAGGGCCCGGUGCGGCGCGAUCCGUAUGGGAAUUAAGUCCCGAUCCCGACAUGGUCGGGCAUCUACCGAACAAUCUGAUAUCCAGCCACCAGAAUCACGACUCGAGCAAGAACACGGGAGAGAGGAACCGUCCCGAUGACAACAUCUACGCCGACGAGGCCGCGACUGGCCAGAGUCCUACCAACGAGACCAAGCAAAUCUUUGAACUGCUCAGAGCCGGUGAAAUCGAGGCGGUCGAGGAAUUGGUGGAAAGGAACGGGUUGACCGUGCUCAGCGCAAGAGAUGAAUGGGGAUAUACACCUGCUCAUUGGGCCGCCUUGGAUGGCAAUAUUGAAGUCAUGAGAUAUUUGAUAGAACGAAGCGGUCCCGUUGAUCUACCAUGCCUGGGUACGCAAGGACCCAGACCGAUACAUUGGGCCUGUCGAAAAGGUCACAGUGCGAUAGUGCAAUUACUAUUGAAGGCGGGAGUUGCGGUCAACACGGCUGACUUUAAGGGCCUGACGCCUCUGAUGACUGCUUGUAUGUUUGGUAAAUUCGCGACUGCAGCCUUCUUACUGGGAUCCGGUGCUCAAGGACACUUGACGGACAUAAACGGCGACACUGCGUUGCACUGGGCCGCAUACAAGGGCCAUGCCGAAUUGAUCAAGUUGUUGAUAUACAGCGGCGUGGAUCUGCAGAAGCCCGAUUACUUCGGCUCGACGCCGCUUCAUCUGGCCUGCCUAUCCGGCAAUGUCAGCUGCGUCCGGAUUCUCUGCGAGAAAAGCAAGAUCGAGCUCGAGCCGCGCGAUAAAAACGGCAAGACACCGUUGCAAUUAGCCAAGAGUCAUCGCCACUCGGAGAUCGUACGCAUCCUGCAGGCGGAACAGAAGCGCCGAGCUAGAUGGAUACCGCCUAUCAACGAACUAUGGGCGUUGCUGUUUGGAGGAGCGGGCAACAGCAAGGGACCAUUGCUACUGUUCAUGAUAUCUGUCUUGUUGUGGGGAUAUCCGAUGUAUCUGUUAAAAUGCAUUCCGUUAACGUGGAACCUUCUGCGUGGCAGUCAUUAUUGCUUCAUUUACUGGAACAUCCUCAUGUGGAUUUCGUGGAUUGUAGCUAACAGAAGAGAUCCUGGUUACGUACCGCAGAACAGCGACACCUAUUACAGAGCGAUAAAACAGAUCCCAUACUUCGACAAGUGGAAGAAGCGCAACGUUUUAUUAUCGCGAUUAUGUCACAGCUGUAGAUGUUUUAGACCUCUCCGAGCUAAACACUGUAGAAUCUGCAACAGAUGUGUCACUUAUUUCGAUCAUCACUGUCCAUUUAUAUACAAUUGCGUCGGCCUGAGAAACAGGAUGUGGUUCUUCCUGUUCGUUAUGUGCGUGGCGAUAAACUGCUCUUUCACCUUAUAUUUCGCAUGUUACUGCAUUGCGAUCGAGGGAAUUCAAUUGCUAUAUGUUCUUGGCGUAUUAGAAGCUCUCGUCUUUUGCGGACUCGGCUGGAUUCUAACAUGCACUUCGGUUUUACAUGCUUGUAUGAAUUUGACUACCAAUGAAAUGUUCAAUUAUAAGAGAUACUCGUACUUGAGGGACAAAAGGGGCAAGUAUUUAAAUCCCUUUAGUCGGGGACCUGUGCUUAAUUUCAUCGAGUUUUUCCUCUGCCCGCCGAAUCAUCAAAUAAACGAUCCGCAAAAUUACCAUAUUCUUUCGGAGGACGUCAUGUAACGUAAUCGUACGAAUCUUCACCUAUUUUAUUUCACGCACUCUCUCGCACAGAGAAGCGUCAAACGCGACCACUACAUAUAUAAUACAUUAUUUUUUCAAAUUACAUGUACAUUUGCACAUUAAAUAUAUUAUUGCCACUUAUGAAAGAUUCACACAUCUCUCAUAGUUUAUAUCGCGUUAUAUUCUGCUGCCAGGGCACAAACUUGCAGUAAUGUAGUAAAAAGUUUUAUAAAAAGUUAAAAUUUA